AUGGUGAAGCUCAACUACCUCCACGAACCUGGCGUGCUAAACAACCUGCAGUCGCGCUACGGACUCGACGAGAUCUACACCUACACCGGUUCCAUCCUCAUCGCGGUGAACCCAUUCCAGCGUCUACCCCACCUGUACGACCACCACAUGAUGGACCAGUACCAGGGUAUGCAGCUCGGCGAGUUGAGCCCCCACGUGUUUGCAAUUGCUGAGGCGGCGUUUCGCACAAUGGUGAAGGAGUCGCACUCGCAGUCCAUCCUCGUGUCUGGCGAGUCCGGCGCGGGCAAGACGGAGACGACCAAGCAGAUCAUGCACUACCUCGCUCACAUGGGCGGCAGCUCCGACGGCGUCGAACACCACCCGGACCAGGCGGCGCUGGAGAGCGCCAGGCCCGUGGAGCAGCAGGUGCUGGAGUCCAACCCGCUGCUGGAGGCUUUCGGCAACGCAAAGACGGUGCGCAACGACAACUCGUCGAGAUUCGGCAAGUUCGUGGAGAUUCAGUUCGAUAAGAAGAACAGGAUCAGCGGCGCGGCAAUCAGGACCUACCUCCUCGAGCGCAGCCGCAUUGUGAACAUCAACGACCCGGAGAGAAACUUCCACAUCUUCUACCAGCUCUGCGACGGAGCCUCCCCGGAUGAGCGCAAGGAGCUUCGGUUGAAGACGCCCGCGGACUACCGUUACACCAACCAAUCCUCCUGCUACACGCUUAAAGGUGUGGACAACGCGGAAGAGUACGCGGCGACGAGGCACGCCAUGGACGUCGUGGGCAUCUCCAAGCACGACCAGGAAAGCGUGAUGCGGGUGGUGGCGGGUAUCCUCCACCUCGGCAACGUCGCGUUCAAGGGAUCAGAAGACGCCGACGACGGCUGCGAGCUCGCGGAUGAUGCGUCGAAGGCUGCGCUAAACGACGCCGCGGCAGUGAUGAUGAUUGACGCGGAGCGACUCGCCAAGGCGCUUAAGACGCGCACCAUCGUGACGAGGGACGGGAGCAUUGAGAAGCCUCUCGACGCCGCUGCUGCCGCAAACAGCAGGGACUCGCUUGCCAAGACGCUCUACUCCCGACUGUUCGACUGGCUCGUCGCCAAGAUCAACGAGAGUAUCGGUCAGGACGCUGAGAGUCAGACAUUCAUCGGAGUCCUCGACAUCUACGGAUUCGAGUCGUUCAAGACGAAUUCCUUUGAGCAGUUUUGCAUCAACCUCGCCAACGAGAAGCUCCAGCAGCACUUCAACCAGCACGUGUUCAAACAGGAGCAGGAGGAGUACGAGCGCGAGGCCAUCGACUGGUCCUACAUCGAGUUCGUCGACAACCAAGACGUGCUGGACCUGAUCGAGAAGAAGAACACCGGCAUCAUCUCCCUGCUCGACGAGGCGUGCAUGUUCCCGGCCACCACACACGAGCAAUUCGCACAGAAGCUCUUCCAGGCGCUAGACGGCAAGCACCCCAGGUUCGCCAAACCCAAGCGCUCGCAGACGGCGUUCACCCUGACCCACUACGCGGGCGAGGUGACGUAUGAGAGCGACUUUUUCCUGGACAAAAACAAGGACUUCGUCGUCGCCGAGCACCAGCAGCUUCUCGCCGCGUCCACGCUUGAGCUCCUCGCCGCCGUGUUCGAGGCCAAGCCCGAGCCCGACGAUUCCAACAAGAAGGGCGGCAGGUCCGCCAUGAAGUUCACCUCAAUCGCCGCAUCGUUUAAGGGCCAGCUCGCAUCGCUCAUGACCAAGCUCAACGAGACUGCGCCGCACUACAUUCGUUGCAUCAAGCCCAACGGCCUGAACGUGCCGAGUAACUUUGAGGGCGCCAACGUGCUCCACCAGCUGCGGUGUGGUGGCGUGCUCGAGGCUGUGCGAAUCAGCUGCGCCGGCUACCCGAGCCGCAAGCCGAUUGACGAGUUCCUAGACAGGUUCGGUCUGCUCGCGGCGGACAAAGACGCGCUGUUCAAGCCUGGCGAGGAGGGCAAGGUCAUCAAGCAGAUCCUCGACGGCGCCGGCUUGGAGACUUGGCAAAUGGGCAAGACGAAGGUUUUCCUUCGAGCGGGUCAGAUGGCGGUGCUCGACGUGCUGAGGCACAAGAAGCUCGACGCGGCGGCGACCAACAUCCAAAAGUUUGUCCGACGCGCGCAGCACGUCAAGCAAUACAAGGCCACCAAGGCUGCGGCUCUGAUGGUCAGCAGGUGGACCAGGGGCAUGCUCGCGAGGAGGCUGGCCAAGGCUAUGCGCCUCGAGCGCGCCGCAAUCAGGUGCCAGGCGAGGGCGAGGUGCGCGAUGGCGACGCGUCAGUUCCACAAGGUAAAGUCCGCGACGAUUCGUAUCCAGGCGGUGGCGAGGGGCAUCGCGGCGAGGGCCAGGUACCUCGCCAUGAGGAAGGAGAGAGCAGCCAUUUUGAUCCAGUCCCACGUGCGCAUGUGUAGAGCCCGGGCGGAGUAUCUCUCCGGCAGAAGAGCCGCGGUGGCUUUCCAGUGCGCGUGGCGCUGCAAGAUGGCAAGGAGGGCCUUCGCCAAGAAGAAACGCGAAGCUCAGGAAGCUGGCGAGCUGCUCAAGGCGAAGAGCGAGCUCGAGAAGAAGCUCGAGCUCGAGCGCACAAGGGCUGAAAUUGAGAGGCGUAAGCAGGUUGAGGCUGAAGCUCAACGCGCCAAGGAGCAGGCUGAGAUGGCGGCCAAGAUGGCCGCCAUGCAGGCUGAGAUGGAGAGGCAGAGGCAGGAGGCGGCGGCCGAGGCUGCCAGGCUGGCGGCCGAGCAGGCUGAGAAGGAGAAGAUCGCCCGCGAGGCGGCCGAGAGGAAGGCUGAAGAGGAACGAAAGGCGGCUGCGGCUGCGGCGCAGGCGAGGGAGCUCGAGGCGCUGCGCGCGAAGGAGGCAGCCAUGCAAGAGGAGGCGGCCCGAAUCCAAGCCGAAGCCAAGACCGCGUUCGAGGCUGAGCAGGCGAAGGUUGCCGAGCUCGAGGGCCAGCUCAUGGAGGCUGCUACCGAGAACAAGGAGCUCGGGGACCAGGUCAAGGAACUCAGCGAGCGCGUCAUGAUGCUCGAGGCGGAGAACACCCGACUCAAGCAGAUGGCCAAGGAGAACGUCGUCGCGAAGGCUGCGUCCAAGCACGUCCUCUCCCCCUCCCGCGGCGCGCUCUCACCCGGCACGCCCGAUUCGUUCGUGUCAACCCCGGGUAAGUUGGGCGACGACGACCUGGAGAGGCGGGAGGCGGCGGAGCUUGACGCCAAGCGCGCGUCGCUCGCCAACGCGCGGGCGCAGGAGUCCCACGAGGUUCUCCUCGCCACCAUCGAAAAGGGCGGGGAGAUUGGGUUCAGCGGCGGACAGCCCAUCCUGGCGUGCGUCACGUUCCGCUCGCUGCUGCACUGGCGGGUGUUUGAGCUCGAGCGCACGGGGCUUUUCGACCGCAUCAUGGGCCAGAUGUCCGUCGCGGUUGAGAACAACACCGAUAACAACGCGCAGCUCACCUACUGGCUGUCCAACACCUUCACGCUCCUGCACCUGCUGCAGCGCACGCUCAAGACGAGCUCGGGCAGCGUCGGCGGGAGGGCCAAGCGCUCCGGAGGCGGUAGCAUCUUCGAGCGCUUCAACUCCAGGCUGCUCGCCAGUCGCACGCCGACGAAGAAGGAGGGCGACUCGGAGACGCCCGGCAUCCCAGGCGUGCGGCAGGUGGACGCCAAGUACCCGGCGUUCCUGUUCAAGCAGCAGCUCACGGCGUUCGUCGAGAAGAUCUACGGGUUCCUGCGGGAUAACAUGAAGAAGGAGAUCACCCCACAACUCGGCUCGUGCAUCCAGGCGCCCAGGCAGAGGGGUGGCGACACCGGCGGCAGGAGGGGCGGCGGCGUCAACAGCCUCAAGUCCCCGAGCGCGACAGGAAGUCAGCUCGGCCAGCAGCUCGGCACGCACUGGCGCACCAUUCUCGACUGCCUCGACACCCUGCUCACGGUCAUGCGCGCUAACCACGUGCCCGUGUUCCUGGUUCGAAAGUUCUUCACCCAGAUUUUCUGCUUCAUCAACGUCCAGCUCUUCAACGCGCUCCUGCUCCGCCGCGAGUGCUGCUCAUUCAGCAACGGCGAGUACAUCAAGACCGGCCUCGCCGAGCUCGAGAACUGGCUUAUCGAGUACAAGGACUGGACGGGUAACGCGUGGGAGGAGCUGCGGUACAUCCGUCAGGCUGUGCAGCUCCUGGUGAUCCACCAGAAACCCAAGAAGACGCUCAACGAGAUCACCCUCGAGCUGUGCCCGGUGCUGUCCAUCCAGCAGCUGUACAGGAUAUCCACCAUGUACUGGGACGACAAGUACGGCACCGAGACGGUGUCCCAGGAGGUACUGGUGGCGAUGAAAGAGCUCAUGAUGAAGGACCAGAACACGAACAUGUCCAACUCCUUCCUCCUGGACGACGACAGCUCCAUCCACUUCACCAUCGACGACAUCUCGGGGACCAUGUCGCAGAUUGACCUCAACGCCAUUCAGGUCCCGGAGACUCUCGCGUCCAACCCGGCGUUCGAGUUCCUCCUCCGCGCCGUCGGCUCGGAGGCAUGACAUUGUAGUACCAUCGAUUGUUUCGGUUUGAAAUGAUUCAUAACAGCCACAGGCUCGGUUCCUAUCA